CUUUAUUCUAAAUUCUGAUGUGUGUGGUGUUGUUUGAUUAAAGAAAACAAAAAGCAUCAAACGUGGCUCUCUUCCUCGCUGUCCUCAUAAAUACAGUACGCGUCUGCUGAUCCUCUCCUCUCUAAUAACAGAUCAAGAAAAGUAAACACUAAUAUUAUUAUUUAUUUAUUAUCACUGCUUGUUUAGAUAAAGAAAAGGUGGUCUUGAAAAGCAGAGUGUGGUAGUAGUAACAGUAGAAGAAAGAGAGAUUCUUUAGCUAUAAUAAAGAAACUAAACUACUUUCUGAGAAAGAAAGAAAGCAAGAAACAAGCAACAUGUGUGACGGUGAUUGCAGGCCUUUAGGCUUUCUUUUAGGCCUUCCAUUUGCCCUUCUUUCUCUCCUCGUCUCCAUUGUUGGCGUCGUGGUUUGGAUCGUCGGGUUGUUGUUGACAUGCAUAUGUCCUUGUUGUUUGUGCGUGACAAUAAUAGUGGAGCUUGCUCUGGAGUUGAUCAAGGCACCUAUUCAUGUCAUGGAGUGGUUCACCUCUCAAAUUCCCUGUUAGAUGUAAUAAUUUGUAAACAAAGACACUGAUUUUGAUCCCAUGUGUUAUAUGUAGGUUGGCUUUCAUGAUCUGUGAUUGCUUCCUCUUUUGUUUAUUUUCUUGCUCACUAUUGUAGGGAGAAUGAGAAAUUUGUGGCAUGAUUGAUUAGAUAAAUAUAUAUGUAAAUAUAGCUUUGCCUGAA